AUGAUUGGAUUGUUAUCAAGAGUGAGCUCUGUUCUUAAUCGAGAUGCAACAAACUAUGGCAAAAAACAUCUUGUUGAUAACAAUUUGGAAACAUGUUGGAAUUCUGACCAAGGAAGUCCACAGUGGAUCCAAGUAGAUUCAACAAGUGAUCAAGAGCCUAUCCAGCCUACAAGCAUCAGACUUAUGUUCCAAGGAGGAUUUGCAGGCAAAGAGUGUGAGCUACUGGGCCAACCUUUGACACCUGCAGAUGCAACAUCAACAGAAUGGCAUCGGAUCAUGAAGUUUUAUCCAGAGGACAUCAACACGCUGCAAGAGUUUCCGAUUGCCCAGCCAACGCAUGGAUAUAAAAAGAUCAAAGUAGUGUUUAUGAACAGCACAGACUUUUAUGGCCGAGUGACAGUGUACCAAUUCAAUAUAAUUAGCUGA